GCACACCUCUUAAAGGUUUAUCCGCUGAACCCGCGCGCGGGCGAAACAUAUGGUUUUGGCAGAUUAUCGCCCGUAGAACCACUGUUCUCUAGCAACGUGUUGCGCCCAGGUCAAUCUAAAGUCGAUUUGGCCCGACAGAAGGACCCUUCGAAAAGUUUCCUGAACAGAUUUUAAGGAACCCCUGCUGGUGUAAAUAAGCACCAUUCCCUUGCCCGUACUGUUCCAAACAUCCCUGUUCAUGAAGCAGUCGAUCACUUUCGAUGUUGACGACGUCAAGCAAGAUGUUGCUGGCGAGAAGUUUGAGGCCGGUUUAUCGUCCUCUCGUGCCCGCGUUCUCCUUACUCCCAAAGAGGAGUCUAAACUAUGGCGCAAAGUCGACCUUAAGCUCAUGCCUAUGAUUUCUCUGAUGUACCUACUCUGUUUCAUGGACCGCGGAAAUAUUGGUAACGCCAAGCUGGACGGAUUAAUCACGCAACUCAAGCUUGAUGGGAAUCAAUACAAUGUUGCCCUAACGUUAUUCUUCAUAUCCUACAGCAUUCUCGAUUGCCCCGCCAACUAUAUCAUUCAAUUUGUCCGGCCUUCUAAAUGGCUUGCGGGCACGAUGAUCCUCUGGGGGCUGGUUAUGGUAACCAUGGGCUUCGUAAAAACCUACGCUCAGCUGGUUGGAGUACGUUUCUGCUUGGGAAUCGCAGAAAGCGGCUUUUACCCUGGUGUUGCAUACUACCUCACAAUGUGGUAUCCAAAGUAUAUGCUUCAACGCCGAUUCGCCCUCUUCCUUGGAGCGGCGACCUCAGCUGGCGCCUUCUCGGGUAUACUCGCAUAUGGCAUCAAUUUUAUGAAUGGCGACGGAGGCUACCAGGGCUGGUCAUGGAUCUUUAUCCUUGAAGGUGCAGCUACUUUCGUAGUAGGCUUUGUUGCCCUGUUUGUAAUGGUGGAUUAUCCAUCGACGGCCAAAUUCCUGACACCGGCAGAGCAACAAUAUAUCAUUCAACAACGGGAGUUUUCCGAAAUGGAUGAGAAGGGUGAUGUGACUACCCAAGUACGAGCAGCCUUUACAGAUUGGCAGGUAUGGGCGAUGUGUAUUGUGCAAAUUUCAAUUACGGUGCCUCUUUACGGCAUCACAUAUUUCCUCCCAACGAUUAUCAACAAUUUUGGAUACAGCACAUCAACGAGUCAAUUGCUUUCCGCUCCACCAUACAUCUUGGGCGUCAUCGUUCUCCUUGUCGUUGCAUACUUUUCCGAUAAGACACAACGACGCUCGCCCUUCAUAUUCGCUUCGCAAGUGAUAGCCAUCGUGGGCUUUAUCAUCAACAUCACUAAUGUGCCAAAUGGCGUGAAGUACUUUGGGACCUACCUCUGCGUGGCUGGACCAUAUACUGGAGGGGUAGGCUCCAUAAUAUGGCUGGCAAACAACUUAGAGGGGAAAUGUAAACGAGCGGUUGGGAUGGCACUAAUGAUCUGCAUCGGCAACUUGGGGGGAGCGAUCGCGUCAAAUAUCUUUCGGAGUCAAGACGCACCGAGAUAUCUCUUGGGACUCGGCGUCGAAAUCAUGCUUUUGGCAAUGGGUAUGAUUGCUGUGCCUAUCAUAGCACUGACGUACCGACGCAUGAAUGCUCGUAAGGACGCUCUCCGGCAACAGGCGGAGGUGGAGGGAAGUGAAAUUCUAGACAAAGAAGAAAGUUUUAGGUACACGCUUUGAUGACUUGUAAUUACUAGGCCUCUAGGUUGCGUGGUGUAUGAAGGGUCCUUUAUUCAUUCUUGGGGUACCUUAGGUGCUUGAG